GGCAAACGUUAUAUGUGUCGAAAAGAAGAGAAUGUGAUAAAGAACCUCUUUUCUCUCUCUUUGUUUGGGUACGGUUUGGUUGUGACCACUGUCCUGUUCCGGUUUAUGUUUCCUUUGAGAGCAGAAGAAUCAAAUCAAUUCUUCACCGUUCGUUCAUUCAAUUCAUUUUCUUCCGUUUUUCCUGUUUUUUUUGUUCUUCUGAAAAUAAAGAUUGAAAUUUGGAUUUAAACGUGUAACCCCACCUUCAGAUUUCACCCCCAGAAUCUUGAUCCCUUUAUCCAGAAGCGUGAUUGUUGGUUUCUUUCCCAUUGGGUUGUUUCUGUUGUUGGUGCUCAUUCUUCCUAGAAAAGAAAUGGCGUCGAGUAUAGGGAUGAUGGAUAGCGCAUACUUUGUCGGCAGAAAUGAGAUUCUCACUUGGAUCAACAAUCGCCUUCAACUUAACCUCACUCGCAUUGAGGAGGCUGCAUCUGGUGCUGUACAAUGUCAGAUGAUGGACAUGACAUAUCCAGGGGUUGUUCCAAUGCACAAGGUAAACUUUGAUGCAAAGACAGAGUAUGAUAUGAUUCAAAAUUACAAAGUUCUACAGGAUGUGUUCAACAAGCUGAAAAUUGAGAAGCAUAUUGAAGUUGGAAGGCUUGUUAAAGGCCGACCUUUGGACAACUUGGAGUUCCUUCAAUGGCUAAAACGCUAUUGUGAUUCUGUCAAUGGAGGCAUUAUGAAUGAGAACUAUAAUCCUGUUGAGCGGAGAAAUAGUAAGGGUGGAAACCGGAAUGUCAAAGGUCUAAAGGGAUCAAAAUCACUGCAAACAAAUGCUAUGAAUCAUUCUGGUUCAGGCGACUCACUCAGUACGAACAGAAAAUUUGGGUCCAAGCAAUUGAGAUCAAGUGGAGGAGCAGACGGUGGUAAUGCUUCAGCUGAUAUUCAGGUUUUAUCCAAGCAGGUUUCUGAUCUCACACUGUCAGUGGAUCACUUGGAAAAAGAAAGAGACUUUUACUUUGCAAAACUAAGGGAUAUAGAAAUUCUUUGUCAAGCUUCAGAACUGGAGAAUGAUCCUAUGUCUCUGGCAAUUAAGAAGAUUCUGUAUGCGGCUGAUGCAAAAGGAUCAGCAUUAGAUGAAGCUCAGGAAUACCUUAAUGAAGUCAUCAAUGGUGUUGAAGAAGAAGUUGAAGGUGAAGUUGAAGCAGAAACUGAAACCUGAUUACUCUCACAAAAUGAUCCUGGCUGGUAUGCACAAGAUAUUUGCCAGGUCCUUGGUAAACAGGCGUUAGUGCCAUCUGUGAUGACUAAGACUAGUUAUCCUUCUCCAUGCCGUGGCCAUGAAGUGCCAUAAUGACAUAGCUGUAGUUUUAUGGACCUUUUGUUUCUUGUUGUAAACCUGGAUGGAUAAUCAAAUAUUAUGGUUGAUGUUUCCAAUAAAUAAA